AUGUCCAAUGCUACCUCAAGUAGUGCUGUCUCUUUCAUCAAAAAACAAAAGCAAACUGCCUAUAAUCACGGAAGUGGCUAUUACGGUGAAAUUGGCAUUGGAUCGCCACCUCAAAAAUUUAACGUAAUCUUUGAUACAGGGAGCUCUGAUCUUUGGGUUGUAUCUUCCAAAUGUUCCAGUGAAAUAUGCAAAAAUCAUCAGAAAUUUGAUUUUCAAGCCUCCUAUACCUAUGAAUACGCUGCUGAAGACGACGAAGAGGAGGAGGGUAAAAUAGAGCAAGGCGUGGUUCAAGUAGAGUAUGGCACUGGAAGCAUACAGGGUUACACGGGCAAAGAUAUAGUGGCAUUGGCCGACAAUCAAAUCUUGCUGCAAGAUCAAGUUAUCGUGGAUGCGUUUGAUAUUUCCAGAGACUUCAUUGGGUCCCCCUUUCAUGGCAUAUUUGGGCUUGGACUGAGCGGUCUCAGUAGCUCAAAGAGUAGCCCCCCCUUGUAUACAAUGAUCGAACAAGGUUUGAUUCAGGAACCUCUCUUUGCCAUCUACUCUCAGCAUAAUGCAGGUGAAAUCGAUUUUGGUAGCACUGAUUCAAGCAGGUUCCACGGUAAUGUGACAUAUGUGGAUGCCAUCGAUACAAGCUACUGGAUGAUGUCGAUAAACAGAGUUCAAAUUGGAUUGCAAGCAUUUGAUAAUAGAAGGGCCAUCAUUGACAGUGGUUCCACCUUGAUCAUCAUGCCAACUCAAGAUGCAGCUGCGUAUCAUAGACAGAUAGAAGGUGCUCAUAGUAAUGGUGAUGGUACUUGGUCUUUCCCAUGCAAAUCUGUCAAGAAACUGAGUCCCUUGACCAUACAACUCGAUAAUAUCAUACUAUCCAUUCCACCUGAAAAACUGUUUUUGACGCCCAUGAGCCCAAGCAGUAAGAAGUGCCUGUCGGGCGUCUCUGGCCAAACGAUGGAUGAAGACAACACUUGGAUUUUGGGCGAUAUCUUUUUAAAGCACUUUUAUACGGUAUGA